GUAGUGGUGGUCUCGUCCAUUGACAGCGGAGCAGAGCUGUGUGUGUGGUGUCAGGUCUCUCGCUCAAUGAUGAGGUUUCAAGUGCGCCUUUGAGAUGUUAUGGAGUCUGUAGAAUAUUCUGCAAUAUAUAACUGUUGCGCUUCGCUUUUAUUACAACAACGACAUUCCAGCUUUUAGUCUACAAGAUCGACCGUUUUGUGAGGGCACUCCUUCAGGACCCGACGGACCAAGGCUACAGCUGACAAAUUGGGGGACAUAUCAGCUCUGUCAUUUUCUUAGAGGGAGCAGCAAGGAUCUGGGAACCGCCUGUGAGAGAGUUUGGUCAUGGGUAAACAGAACAGCAAGUUGCGACCCGAGGUCCUCAAUGACCUGCGUGAGAACACGGAGUUCACGGACCAUGAGCUGCAGGAGUGGUACCGUGGCUUCCUGAAGGACUGCCCGUCUGGCCAUCUCACGGUAGAGGAAUUCAAGAAAAUCUACGCCAAUUUCUUCCCCUACGGCGACGCUUCGAAGUUCGCGGAGCACGUCUUCCGCACCUUUGACACCAACGGCGACGCCACCAUCGACUUCCGGGAGUUCAUCAUCGCCCUGAGCGUGACCUCGCGCGGAGGCCUGGAGCAGAAGCUCCGCUGGGCCUUCAGCAUGUACGAUCUGGAUGGAAACGGAUACAUCAGUCGAGCUGAAAUGCUGGAGAUCGUACAGGCGAUUUAUAAAAUGGUGUCAUCUGUGAUGAAGAUGCCCGAGGACGAGUCGACACCAGAGAAACGCACAGAUAAGAUAUUCCGACAGAUGGAUACGGACAACGAUGGCAGACUCUCUCUGGAGGAAUUCAUCAAAGGUGCCAAGAGUGACCCCUCUAUUGUCAGACUACUGCAGUCUGACCAAAGCACCUCUCGACAGUUAUGAAUACAGAUCUUAAAAGCAGCUGACAGGAAACCACUCACAUGCACACUGAAAAGGCAAGAUUUAAUUAGAAAAGUAGUUUGCGUUAUUAAUGAUACACUUAUAUGUCUUUUCUGCUUACAAAAUUUUUCUGUUAAUGGGUGGUUACCUUUUUUCAUCACUAUUCCAGCCUGGUUUUGGAAUUGGUAUUGAGUUCUCAUAAUGUCUGGGAAUUGUAAGAAUUUUAAAGAACCAUUGAAAUCAAUUGGCACAAUUCAGGAAUUUACAGAUAUUUAUAUUUUAAAAUGUAUUUUUUUUUUUAUUAUUGAUUGCAUUAAUUAAAAAAAGCAUGAAACUAGCAUGAAUCUGAAAAAUUGUCAAGUGACUUCAAAGUGUCUUUAAGUGAUGACCUAAAAAGAAUUAUAUUUUCACAAUUGUUUGCAUUCCACUCAAAGCAGUAAAUGAUUAAUCAGUAGCACGUGAACAUUUCUAGACUGGCUAUUACGCAAAAAGAUGAUGUUCUGCUUGUAAAUAUUCAAUUUCUUAUGCAUCCAUUCCAAAAAUCAAUUUUCAGAUAUCUCCAGAGAACUAUUU